ACUACUAAAAUUGUUGCAAGCCAGUGAUAUCGAUCAAGGAACGUUUGUGAUUUUCCUUACAGUUAGCUUUGUAAGAGAUGACAGCCAACGAUUUCUACAAAUGUCCCCAGUUUUCAUAAUUGGAAGACAAUGGUGAACAGUAAGGUAAAUAGAUAUCAGGAAUCGUCUGGUGUUCUGUCCUCUAGCGUGUAGCCACAAUUAGGUGACAGUGAAAGCCACGAGCGAAAGAAAAAGCUCCAAGGUGGUAUGACAAGAACGGGGUUACUGACAGUGAGUUGUCCGCCGGUCUAUGGAAAACCAGGCGACCCACCGAAUUUGGCUUACGGCUUGCCUACUAGCUCUAAUGCACAUCAAAGGCGUUUGCGGUUGGCGCCUUCCUCUAAGAAGAUCAUCAACAGCAACGCUAGAUUAUAGGUUUUUAAUGAGUGCUGCUGCCGAGGCCCACGCGGAAAAUGAGCGCAAUGAUCGAGUGACACGGAACAAGCUAGUUGUCAUACUAGCAGGUCCAACCGCCGUGGGAAAAUCUGAUGUUGCAGCCAAACUCUGUGCGCAGCUGCGUGGUAUUAUUGUAUCAGCGGAUUCAGUGCAAGCUUAUCGAGGCGUUCAGAUCGGGGCGAAUAAGCCGGACAAAGCCGAAAUGGAGCAGACGCCGCAUUUGCUGGUUGACGUUGCCGAUCACAUGGAAAACUACAACGCCGCAGGAUGGAGAAGGGAUGCGAUGUAUUGUAUUCAACGGCUGGUAGAUCCCAACACAGACUCUAGUGGUAUCGUCGAUGAAAUAGAUAUUCACGACCCACAUUUUCGCCGAAAUCGAGGUUUUGAGAUUGAAGAAGCAAUUCAGCGGGGCUUGCGAGUCAAACAGUAUAGACGAGAAAGCUCGGUCUUACCUGUCGUGGUUGGUGGUACUAUGAUGUAUUUACAGUGGUUGGUUCACGGGAGACCAGACGCGCUCCGUCCCACCGAUGACGCUUUGCGAACAGCAGCCGAAAUCAUGGGCAGAUUUGAAAUCGUCGACGACUGGGAAGGUGCUGCGCAAUACGUCAGAAAUUUUGGCGAAGCAUUUUCCCAUCAAGCCUCAAAGCUGUGUGGUCAAGAUUGGUAUAGGUUACGAAGGAUACUGGAGGUGGCGCUUACCGUGCAGGAGAGUAGCGAUGCUACCCUCGUAGAUAAGCCUUACAGUGGCGAGCGAGAGGGUAGCCUCAAAUCACUUGGUUACGACGUCAGAUGUUUCUUUCUUUGUCCAGACGACCGAAUGAAGCACACCGCUGUUAUUGAUAAGCGUUGUGAGCAAAUGGUUCAGCGAGGGCUGCUCAAAGAAACAGCUGACCUCCAGCUGGCCAGGCGAUUGCCGGAUAUGGCGGCGAAAGCUAUUUGUUAUCGUCAGGCUUUGGAUUAUUUGGAACGCAGCGAUGCCAAAGACGAAGAUGAAAUUGCCUUUCAAGAGUUUCUAGAUAUGUUCACGACAGCAACAAGGCGCUAUGCUAAGAAACAAAUGCAGUGGUUUCGAAAAGAUUCGGAGUUUGUGUUUGUACCGGUUGCUGUUUCCAUUGACCAGACCGCUCGUAUAGAUUCGACAACGGAAACAAUAAGCCACAUGAUUUCCAUGUCAAGAGAGAGCUUUGAUGCUAUGCGAGAGUCUCAGAACAGUGUUUCGGCAUUGACAAGGAUGGAGAACGAAAUGCAAGGCAAGCAAAUGAAGUUUUACCAGACCAAGCGUCACGUGCUGAAGCAGGAUUCAGUAGAGCUUGCACUAGCCUUGAGGGAGGCAGAUCACUGUACAAAUAGAAUACAUGCCACAAACAGUACAUCAAUGUGA